AUGGCUCAUUCCCGUGACGGCAGAAUGUCAAUUAAUGCCGUCAACCAUCUCCAAGCUAGGCUUAAUGGAUUUGUCGCAGAACUACGACAAGUCAAAGAUUAUAUGGCGUCCCUGAACAAGGAGCCAGUCAUCGGUCUGGACCGUCUCCUGGAUGCAAAUGAGAAAGCCCUGGCUCCUGCCUUCUUCGGCAAGAGAUUCUACCAGAUCGCGCGCAACAAUCUCGAAUGCGACUCGAGGCUUUGGAACAUAUUGAAGCGAUGUCGCGGUCUGGUUGCCCUGAAGCAGAACUACCGCGCCGACUGGGACUUUGUGCUCAACCAGCUUGCAAAAACCAAUGGCGAAACGAAUACCGGCGUGUCUCGUACUGAGCACGUAACAGUCGACGCCGUCGUGGACGGGGGUGCGACCUGGAUCCGGCUACUGACAGUUUCCGAGCAGCGGCUUCUUUCAGAACUAGCCGACUCGGGUGCCUGGGAUUUCGAUUCCGAUUCCGUAGCUGGAUCCGAUAACGAGCAUUCCGACAGUCAUCAUGGACAUGAUUGCGAUUCCAUCAAGACUAUCCGCGGGGCACGAGCGGUUGUUAUGGCAGCAAAGAAUCAGAGAUUCAAGUACCGCCAUCCGCGCGUGCAUAUCCUGCUUCCCAAGCUGGAGGAGGGCAAGAUUGAGCAAAUUGAUCGCGUCAUAGAGCGAAUCCGCCAGCUCGGGGACGACGAUGUCACUGUUGUGGUAGAUUGUGGCAACAGCGCUUUUUUCCGCCACGGGCACAGCUCGCCUCCCCUUUUUCGCGUCCUUCCAACUCUAGUGGUUGAUGAGCUCCGAGAUAUCACUCCAACAGUCAAUAUCGACAUUUCAUGGCUCAUAGCUCUGACCUCAGACUUGUCUCAUGAGCGAUCGUCGAAGCCAUUUGCCAGCAGCUCACUGAGCCUGUCCGUCGGCGACGCCAAAACCCCAGCCUCUAUCCGAGAGGCUUGCGGUCGCAGUCUCUGUCAGACUCUAUACCCAACACUGGCUUUUCGCAAGCUCGUUUGCACCCGCAGCGCCGCCGAGAGGGUGUGGUCGAUUGCGAAGACACUUGCGAGCCCCACAGAAUUGGCCCGACUCCGGCUUUUGGUACCUUUGACUGAGGAGGAUAUAACCGCCGCCAGGAACCGAGGACCCAAAGCUACACGAGUGAGACUGGCUGGUCUGUCGGUGCACGGCGUUCCUGACGAUGUCUUCUGGCCAGUUGAUAUCAGUGACGAUGGCUUCACGCAGAACACCGAUGUCCUCGUCGAGUCGGGCCGGCUACCGAGGGUUGCUCCAGCUGUGGCCAACAAACUGCAAGAGCCCAACCGGUCAAUCUUCUUGUUUGGUUGGGCGACGGGGUACACCACCUUGACAGCGAAUUCGGCCAUGGUCAACCGUAUCAAGAGGACUUUGGAGGUUAACCGCACCGGCGCUCGCGAACGUGGUCCUGAUGUCUUCGUCCGCUGGGUGACAAGAUCGUUCGAUGCCAAGGAGAAACCCAAUGUUCGCAACAGAGCCAAAGCCCUUGUGGUGGUAGGCUGA